UCAUUAUCUCAAUUCUCAAAACUAGAACCUGUGAAAAAAGCGACUGAAACACCCCCUCCAACAAUGAAGGUGCUGACAAUCGGUUAACAAUGGUAGGAGUUGGACUUGGUCUACUCGGUUCUUCAUUGACCCACCCAUUUCCUUCUUCUUCCGCUUGUUCUUCCCUUUUUCCACAGCAACCACCACCUCCAACAACAUCAUCAAGUGCUAAUUUCUUGGUAUCUUCAUCUUCGAUUGCAAUUUUCCAUCGCCACCAAGAAUGUAUACCUUUCUUGAAGUUCAAUGGAACCCCAAGAAAUGAACUGAAACCGCUUUUGUCCCAAGAAUCUUUUCGACCCAGUAGACAGCUUUCUGUAGCAUGCAGUUGCAUCAGCUCGCUUCCCAAUUCUCGCAUUGAUUUGGCAAUGUUCUUCUCCUUCUUUCGCGAAGUUGGGCUUGACGAGAAAGAGAUGGGAAUUCUUCUGGACAAGAACCCUUCUCUUUCAUUGGUUUCGUUGGAUUCAAUACGUAAUCGAAUACUUUCUUUACAGUCGGUUGGGAUUGAUGGGCUUGCACUAUCUUAUUUGAUUACCAAAAAUCCAUAUUUAUUAACAAGUGAGGAAAUUGGCCCGUUCUUAUGUUUUGUGCGUGAUGGUUUGGAAGGAAAGAUUGAGGCUUCACGACUCAAACGCCUUUUGAGUAGCGCAGAACCAAGAUUCUUGGUGGGUUUUGAUCAAAAGGUCAGAUUGCUUCUUCAGAGAGGGAUUCCCCAAGAAAAGAUUAUUCAUGUUCUCAACAAUGUGAAUUUGUACAAGGCAUUAUGUCGUAAGCCAGUUGAAGAGAUUGACAUUACCAUCACUUUCUUGAGCCGCUUUGGUGGGAUUGAUUUGAUAGUAAGGCGUCCUGUGAUUCUCGACUAUAAUUUGGAAACCCAGUUGAUUCCAAGAGUUGGUUUUCUCACAAAGCUUGCUGCUGGAGAUGAGCGUGCCGCAGGGAGCGUAUUGCGUAAGCUACCGGCGAUUUUGAGUUACAGUGUUGAGCAUAUGGAAGGCCAUGCUGAGUUAUUGAGGUCGUUUGCUGGCCUAAGCGACGAGGAAAUAUUCAAGAUUGUGCUUGUUUUUCCAAAUGUGAUUAGUGCUAGCAGGGAGAGGAAAUUACAUCCUAGAAUAGAGUUUCUCAAGCAGUGUGGUUUGAAUUCCAAUGAGAUCUUUAAGUUCUUGAUUAAAGCACCCUUAUUUCUAGGCCUUUCAUUUGAAGAGAACCUUGCAUACAAACUUGUGUUCUUGGUGAAGAUUGGAUAUAGAUAUAGAACUAAAGACUUGGCACUGGCAAUGGGAUCUGUAACCAGAACAAGCUGUGAGAAUAUGCAAAAGGUGAUUGGGCUAUUCUUGAGUUAUGGGCUGUCUUGUGAAGACAUUAUUUCCAUGAGCAGGAAGCACCCUCAGAUACUGCAAUAUAAUCAUAGUUCUCUAGAGAAGAAGAUGGAGUACUUGAUAGAGGACAUGGGUCGAGAAAUCAGAGAAUUAAUGGCUUUUCCGGCCUUCCUUGGUUAUAAACUUGAUGAUAGAAUUAAGGCCAGGUAUGAAUUAAAGAGGGAGACUCUAGGGGAAGGAAUGUCACUCAAUAAGCUAUUAACUGUUUCAGCUGAUAGAUUUUCAAGAAAGAAGAAUGAGGAAAGGUCGGUAGUGACUGGGGACUGAUAGGUUGACUAAGUUGGAUAAUAACUAUGAUGUUCAUUUCAAUGAGUAAUUGAAUUCGAUUACUCUAUUAAAUUGUUAAAAGCUUGGUAGAAGCUGCUUCCUUAGCAAGAUGAUGUACACAAACUUCAUGAUUAUUAACUACCUCAGUUGGGUCUUAGAGAGAUUGAUUUGUUCAGAUGAAUGAAGAUAGCUUCUCUCAUAAUGACUGAAGCUUGUAUGAUAGGAAUCUGCUAUCAAGUAUGUCAAAACUGGGUACAUUAAUGAGUCCUCUUUGUCAGAUACAAAUAGUUUUAAAUCCACAACUUUGUUCAUUAUGUACACUUUGAAUGAUUUUGGCAAAUUGAGUUUAUAGAAAUUCUUGAGAUAAUAAAAUUUCAAAGUGCAGGUCUGCAAAUUUCAGUCCA